GAGGAGAAUUACCUUGGAAUGAUUUUAUCGACACAUUCAUAUCGAAUAAAGCAUCUUAUGGUACGUGGUCGUCCCAUGUUCUACCCUUUUGGAAACGCCGCGAUGAGGAUAAUGUGAUGUUUUUGAAAUUCGAAGACAUGAAAACGAACACGCACGCAGCAGUUACCAAAAUUGCGAAUUUUACAAACAAUUCAACUUCAGAAGACGCUAUACGGAGAACAGUUGCAAACUCAUCGGUUGAGAAAACGAGAGAAUUUUGGGAUUCCAACCAAAAUCGUGGAAUUACUGCAAAAACAUUGAGUGUUGGGUCACACGUACGAAAAGGCAUUGUUGGAGAUUGGAAGACCCUAUUUACAGUAGCCCAAAGUCAAUCUUACGACGUUCUGAUUGAAAACGACCUGAGGGGUUCAGGACUUGAAAUGAAACACGAAUGAGAACCAUGUCUUUUGAGAGGUAUAGGCAUACACUCAUUGUAAGGUGGGAAACAAUCUAAAUUGAAAUGGAUGCAUAUACACGAAAACAGAAAGUCUCUUCUCGUCAGAUACGGGAUAUGAAAAAUAUGCAAUAUAUUUUGCAUUGUCUGAAUAUUAAUUAAAAGAGACUGGGCUUGAAUUUUUGUAUUUUGAUUUAUGUCAUAAUGUAUGGUUCAAAAAUCGAUUACAGAGAUAUUUUAUUUAUUAAUAUUACGUUUUAAUUAAUUUUAAUUUUGUUAUUUUAACGAGUGCUAUGAAAACAAACGGGUCUUGUUUGGUGAGACAAUGACAAUAUGCAUGCAUUAUAGUAUACUACAUGUAUAUAUCUUUCUUAUACUCUAUUUUAGGAAGCUUUAAGGGUGUUGCAUACCUUUAAGAAGGACCACGGCUUCACCCCCUCCCUCAUUUGUAAACAGUGUUAGAAUUUUAAGACUUGCUUUUGCUAGCCAAUACAAAUUCUUUCCUGGGAUCACUCAAAAUGAAUACUUUUAAAAUACGUCGCAUCAGCAAACGUUAUACAUAUAGUUUGGUGUUUAUUUUAUGCUGUACAAUUUCUAAUUGACUCCUUCUAAUAUAGGUUUGAGACUCGUGCUCUGAUAGAAAUCCACCAUAAACUUCUAUCAAUCAAAUUCACCCGCUAACCUGAUAGUAACCCAUUGGAAUAUUCGUAAGAUAUUUUUCACUAUAAUGCAAAAAUUAAAAUUUUCGGGUUUUAACGACUGCUGCUUAAGGGGAUUUAUCAAAUUUAAAUUCGUCUUAAAUCCAUAAAUCCCAGGCCAUGUCUUGUAAGAUACAGUAAUGUGAUAUUGUAUGGUUCAGUUUGGUUUUUAUAUGCCUGACUGUUUUCUGUGCGAGAUGGAGCUGUAUAAUUUCUUGAGUUUAAAUACUGUAUUUGUUCAUAUCAAUUGCAACAAGACUAUAGUGAAUUUUGUAAACAUUGCUAAUUUUGCAAGUUGACGUCUUUCAGCCUGAGUUUGUGGAUUAUAGCAUUGAUAUUAGCUGAUACAUUCAUAUCUGUUAAGGGUGAACCUAGCAGCAUGGGGUUGAUUUUUUUUUUCUAUUUUUCUUUUAAGAACAUAACGGUAUGUGUGGGGAUCCAAAACAACACUUGUAAGGUUGUUCUUUAACUUUUUUAUUAGUAAUAUUAAAGUUACGUCUGAGGAAAUUUAGUGUAUUAUUUGCUUUGACUGUGGAUAUUAUAACAAAACCAGUUCUACUUUAAGUACAUUUAGAUUAUGCAUAUUCAGCGAGAGAGCUAGAAAUUAUAGGCCUACAUAUAUUUUUCAUUAUAGGCAAUAUUACAUUUAUGUGUGCGGUUUUGGUCCUUAAGUGUAAGAGCGUGAGACAGACUUCGAAUAGGCCUAUGUGAGACUCACGCCGAAUGCGUGAGCCUUGACGUGUAUGAACAUGUACAGGGCAAAACAUUUGAUAGUCGCAGAACUAUGGAACGCAUGUAUCCCUCAAUGCCAAGUGUCAUUUGCCCCAUAAUUUGUAGCUGUGCCGACAAUAGGGAAGAAAAACAAUAUUCAGAAUGAAAUUAGUGAGUAUUGUGAGGGGUUGAAUAGCUAAGAAUGUAACAUCAAUUUGUAUCAUGGAGUGUAUACUCUAUUAACGGGCAUUAAAUCACCUAAACUACUGUA